AGAAAUAUAUUAAAGAAUAAAAUAAAUUAAAAAUAAAUUAUUAUUGAAGAAUAAAUUUUUAAAUUACUUCAUAUAAAUGUGUAAUUUAAGAUUUAUCAUUAUUUAAUAAAUGUAAACAUUUGUAAAUUUCUAAUAAUUUUAGAUUAAAUCAAUAUGAAUCCUUUAACGAAUGUAAAAAAUAUAACAAAACUUGCUGAACAAGAUUUAAUUGGUAACAAAAAAACGUCUUGGCAUGACCAAUAUAAAGAUAGUGCUUGGAUAUUUAUUGGCGGAUUACCUUAUGAUUUGACUGAAGGUGAUGUUAUUGCAGUAUUCUCUCAAUAUGGUGAAAUUGUAAAUAUAAAUUUAGUACGUGAUAAGGACACUGGCAAACAAAAGGGCUAUGGUUUUUUAUGUUAUGAAGAUCAAAGGAGUACUGUUCUAGCAGUUGAUAAUUUUAAUGGUAUUAAGAUUUUAGGUAGAACAAUACGCGUUGACCAUGUAGCCAAUUAUAAAGCUCCAAAAGAAACAAAAAAUAUUGAUGAUGAAACUAAAAGACUGAGAAAUGAAGGUUGUGCCCCCAAAAAAUAUUAAAAAUUUAAGUUUGUUAUGAAUAUAUAUAUAAAAAAUGAAUAUAUUUGUAUUAAUAUAAAUGUAUUGGGUGCAUAAGUUGAAACACUCUCCUAUUCAUAUUUCAUAUUUUGUUGGAAAAUAGAAUAUAAUACGACUCACAAGAUAAUGUACUUGAUGUUUGUGCUUAAAAUUUAAUUAUAUACAUAUAUGAUUUUUAUUUAUAUUUUUUCAAGCUCCUAUAUAUUAAAAUUAUUAGUUAUUUGAGCAUUUCAAGUUCUCAUAUGGUCUCUACAAUUUUUUUAAUAUACAUAUAUGCAUGUAUAUAUAUGUGUGUGUGUGUUUAAAUAGAAAAGUAAUCUGGAAUAUAUCUUAAGAUAUCAAUUGAUAAGUGUCAUCUACAUUAAAAUGAGAAAUAUUUUUUUGCUAAGAAUGUUAUCAAGAUGAACCAAAUUCACUCAUCCAUCUUUCAUAUUUCUCCAAAUCUUCUUGUGAUACACUCUUAUUACAUCUCUCUACAGCCUCAUCAAAAUCUGUAGCAGAUACAGGCAAAUCUAGCUCUUCUUUUGGUAAUUGUCGUAUUUGAUCUGGUUUUAAACCUGCUAUUUUUUUUCUCAUUGACAUCAUAGAAGCAUCUCUAAAUGUAAAACGUCAUACACAUAUGCAUGUACAUAUUUAUUUUCUAAUGUAUUUAACUCUGAUAUUAAAAAUAUUGUACGUGGUUAAAAAAUAUAAAUAAAAUAAAUCUAUAUUAAAUUUUA